AUUUGACACAUUUAUGUCAAAACAAAUUCAUUUGUUGAAAUAAAAUUCUAAAGAGUUUAUACAAAAUGGGUUUAUUUGGUAAAUCUCCGGAAAGAAAUCCAAAAGAGAUGGUAAACGAGUGGUCUCAUAAACUACGGAAAGAGGGAUAUAACUUAGAUAGACAAAUAAGAGGUAUACAAAGAGAGGAAGAGAAAAUAAAGCGAUCUCUAAAAGAAGCUGCUGCAAAGAAUGACAAACAAGUUUGUACAAUAUUGGCUAAGGAAAUCAUAAGAUCUCGGAAGGCUAUCAGCAAAAUAUACACCAGCAAAGCACACCUCAACUCUGUUCAGUUACAAAUGAAGAACCAAUUAGCUACUUUAAGAGUUGCUGGGUCACUUCAAAGAUCAACUGAGGUAAUGCAAGCCAUGCAAGCUCUAAUCCGCUUGCCGGAGGUAGCCGCCACCAUGCAGGAGCUGAGCAAAGAGAUGAUGCGCGCCGGCAUCAUCGAGGAAAUGCUGGACGACACCAUGUCCAGCAUGGAGGACGAGGAGGAAAUGGAGGAGGCGGCGCAGGGCGAGGUCGAUAAGGUGCUAUGGGAGCUGACGCAAGGCAAGCUGGGCGAGGCCCCCGCCCCGCCGACGGCGGUGGGCGCUCCCUCCACCAGCAAGGAGGAGGAGGUGGCCGAGCCCGACGAGAGCGAGCUCGACGAGAUGCAGACACGCCUGCAGGCGCUGCGCUCCUAGUACAUCACACACGGACAGUUUGGAGUUACGUAUUGGAGUCAAGAUUUGAGAAGGCGAUGUUAUUAUGGAGUGCAACAAAUGCCUUAUGAACAAUGUAAAUAAUUGUUGUAUGUAUGUAAUUAAGUUUGUAUAUGUAAUACGGAAGUAUUAUUUGUUUCGAUUGAGAUAAUUUAACAAUAAAUGUUGGUUUAUUACUGUCGACUGUGUUUGGAAGAGUUUAUUAGAGUACCAAUGUACAUUUAGCAGAAAAGUUACUUGAAAGUAGCCGCGAAUUGAGGUUAUGUUGAUACUUGCUAGACGAGUAGGAAGUAACAUAAAAAGAUGUAACUUUAUUUAACUUAAUGCUUUAUAACCUGUUUUAAAGAGGAGAUUUUACUACACUUUACAAGAUAUUUUAAGGUUUUAAUUUCGCGACCUGUAAAUAAUUUCAUGCAUAUUCUGAUUGUGAGAACUAUGAUUCCUCUUUUUGCUGAUUGUACAUUUACCUUGUCAGGCAUGCAGGCAUGUUAACUCGUCAUUUCAAAAGCAUUGAAGGAUGAAAACCCAAAAUUCACACGCAGUUUCAUAAGCAUCACCUAAAAUGUACGAAAAAUGUACUAAUAUUGAAACUGUAUCGCAAAAUCAACUUUAAGGCAAGUAUGUAAGGUUGACUUGAUUAAAGCCAGUUGCAAUGGUCGCUUUUGUUCAAGACUGUGUAUCAUGGGUACAUCAAUGUUAACAAGUAACUUUUGGUCUCUGUCGCAAUAUUGUUUUAUAAGUUAUUUUUAAAUUAUACUAUUUGCUUAGUGCUUAGAUGUGCAAUAAAAAUAUGUGAAUUACGAGCCUAACUGUACUUAUUUUCUUAUAUAUUGAGCAUAUAAUUCAAACGACAACUCAAACCUUCCCUAUACGGGAAGAGGUCUGCGCCCAGCCGUGGGACAUAUAUGUAAAGGCUGGCACUAUAUUAUUAUUAUUCUAAUUCGACAGUUUGAUAUUAAAUGUUGCCUUUUAUUGGCUGUAUUAUAUUUGCUUUUUUAUUCCAUAACAAGUUGAAAAUAUGGAUGUUUACUUAUUGAUUAAAAUCCUGUUUUACUGGAACUAUGAUAAAGAUCACACGAUAAUGUCUUUUUCAUACCAAGUGUGAUCAAAUGUCGCGAAUCUUGUCAACUUAUAUGUAGUUGAAUAACUUUUAACGUCAUCUGUAGACUGUAUGAUAAACCCUCAGUGCGCCAGAAGGAGGGUUUAGUUCUUGGUCCUGUUGUUAUCCAACUAGUGUGAUUGGCUGAAUUAUAAUUAAACAAACCGUUGAACAAAGUGUUGUCAGAGUUUAAACCGCCUGUAAAGCUCUGGUGAUCCUAAUUAUGGUCCUAACACACCCCAUUCUUAGGUGUGUUGCUUUCCUCACGAUGUAUUUUCGUCGCUGUCUUUAGCAAGUGUUAUUUAAUUGGUUGACUUUAAUUCUAGCAACCAAUCACACAUUUAUCUUAAUUAAUGUUGAUCGAUCUAUAAAAUAGACAUAUUGAAUUAAUUAUAUUUACAUAAAUCAGCGCAAACGUACCUGCUACCCGUGCGUUCACAAGUGUUGUAAAAUCGUAAGCCACGGAAAGGCAUUUCCAAGAAAUUAUGUCAAGUAACUAUGGACUUUAUGUAACAUUAGUUUUAAGUCCUUUUAUGUUUGAAUAAGAAUGAUGUACACAUUUUUACUUUAUAUCUUUGAAAUUGUUUGCUAAUGUAAUAAAUUGUAAGCAUGGAGGUAAUAAUAACUGCUUUUUUAUGAAUAUUGUAAGAUAUACAAUAUGCCCUCCACUCAUUUUUAUAUGGCUAGUUUAGGUGUUACCAAUUACAUGGAAAUCUUAUGUCUUAAUAUGAUUUUUUUAAUUUAUUUUAUGAGAAAAUAAAAAUAUUUUCAACAACCUUCUGAUUGCCACUUAAAAACUGUCGCAAAUUUUCUUCUUUAUACAGGCAAAGUUAAAAAAUACUUUAUGCCGAAAAAUGUUGAAAUCUUAUUCGUUUAUAACUGUCGACAAAAUUAAAUUACGUUAAUGGAAAUUAAAGUACAUUGACGUAAUUUUGUAAAAUGGGUUCUAUUUAGUUAAUGUUAAAGCUUAGAUCUGCAUGCGAUGGAUUGUAUAGUAACGUCACGAGUAAAUAAGUUCACGUUUGUGAUAAAUUUUGAUUUUGUGAGCUUUUAUUAAAUGUUUAAUGUCUACUACAGUUAAUUAAAAUACACUAACUAUU